AUUCCGCAGCAACCAUGUCGGCGGAUCCAAUCUUGCUCGCCGACAUGACGCCGAUGCUGGUCUCGCCCUUUGAGCGCUUUGACUUUGUGCUCAGCGACGUCGCAUUUGCCAUCACGAGCGGCAGCGGGUACCCCGGCGAAGGCGGCGUCUACGUCGGCAGCCGCGGGCGGCUCUUCCUCUCAGCGUACCGGCUUGUCUACGUCGAGCUCGAUGCGUCGAACCGCCACUUUCGCAGCUUCUCGCUGCCGCUGUAUGCGAUCUUUGCGAAUCACCAGUUUCGCACGCCGCUCCUUGGGCGACCUGUAUACGAAGGUGUCGUGGCGCCGGUCCCAGGCGGCGGCCUCGUCGGGCACGGUCGCUUCAAGUGGACGUUCUGCAGCGUCGGCUUUGACGAAUUCGAGUCAUUUUACUCUGCCGCGUUUGCCAACUCGCGGGCACUGCACGCUAGCGUCAUGGCGCUUGAGACCCCGUCGAUCGUCCAAGUACCAGGUGCCGAGGCCUUUCAGCGUGCGCCGCCGACCACGAAGCUGGCGUUCUGCAGCCCCACGAAUCCAUUCACACUCUUUGUCUUGCGCCAGCCAGUGCGGCCGAAAUGCGCAGACGACCACGAACACAAAGCGUCGGAGCGCGUCUGAGAUUAACUACUAAGUAGACUGUACCAUUACGACUCGAUCGAUGAGCCCAACAAG